CUUUCGGAAUUAUUUACCUGUAUCUUUCACCUGUGGAUUUAUAUUUCAUCAAACUAAUAUUUGUAUUUACUGAUCUUCGAGGAAAACAGCGAAACGACCUAGGAUGUGGAGGGUGGUGGUGCUGCUCGCCAAUGUGGGCGUGGCUUGGAGUUACAGUAUGGGAGCGCCAUCGUCUACGUGCUCUACCAUGUUUCCCCUACAUAAUGGCAGUCCUGCACAGACCAGUCAGUCUCCUUAUUUUUUCCAAUUUAUCAAGUCAACGUACUCACCCGGGGAAUUAAUCUCAGUGAACUUGGCCGGAAAUGGGGUCUUGCUGAAAGGUUACCAGAUCCAGGCCCGAGAUGGAGUGGGUAAGGUGGUGGGACAAUUCACGUCAGCCGCCGGGGGAAGAACAAUCAACUGUGGGGUUGAGAAUGGCGCUUUGACCCACCAAAACGCCAGAGACAAGCCGGGAGUAAGCUUCACAUGGCAGGCUCCCAACCCAGCGGUUGGAAACAUCGUGUUCAUUGCAACCGUUUUACAGAACUACAACGUUUUCUGGGUAAAUGUGAACUCUCCAGCAAUCACACCGAUGAUGAUUCCCCAGACAACACCUCCACAGCCACCUAUUACCACUGUUGCCACGGUACCUCCGCCAACAAAGCCACCAGUCACUCCGGGACCACAAGUCACCACUCCAGCAGAGCCGCCAACGACGAAGGCGGUUACACCGGCGCCUCCUGUGGUAACAACGGAACCUAAACCAGAAAUGACAACACCAGUAGUGGGUAGGGUGACCCUGGACGACACGUGCGGUAACACGAAGGGCUGUUUUGUGAGCUGUGAGGGCGACCAUUGUGAUUAUGUAGUCACGUGGAAGGAUGGCCCGGAUUACGUCGACUUCGAGGUGACAUCAACGUUAGAAAUAGACGGCGUCCAUUGGAUCGCUAUCGCCUUCUCCUCUGAUCUGAAAAUGGGUGACGAUGAUACAGUAGACUGUAUUGGUACUAGGACAAACGUUAUAGUGACUCGAUCAUUUAAUGAGGGCAAGUCAAACAUCCGCCUCGACACGGUGGAAGGAACAAGAGGACUGUCGAUGACAAGUGGAAGUUUCAAAGAUGGCGUGUUUACCUGUAAAUUCCGACGUUCAAAAACUGAACUUGUCACCCGGAGGAAAAGACAAGGUGUAUCCACAACAGCUAUGUUCGAUUUGAAUCAGAAUUGGUAUCUCAUGUUCGGUCAUGGCUCAGGGACAGAGGAUAGUACUGGUUUCACAAAAUCGAUGCACAGAGAUAACCCGGUGGUUACUCCUAGCCGUGUUGACUUUCAGUCGGUAGAUGUCAUUGGGGAGACGGCCAGAUACCCGCUCAUCAAAAUCCAUGCUAUCCUGAUGAUUAUAGCGUGGAUCCUGUGUACGGGGGUAGGGAUUGUUGCUGCUCGGUAUUACAAACCCGUGUGGACCACCACAAAUAUAAUGGGCCAGAGAAUAUGGUUUCAGAUUCACAGAACGUGUAUGGUGACUGCUUUAGUGUUGACACUGAUCGGCUUUAUUAUUAUAUUCGUUGAAGUGGGAGGAUAUAGCCAGAUACCAAAAAUAGAAGGAAAAGAAUACUUACAAGCCCACCCUCCACUUGGUAUAAUUGUUACUAUUCUAGCGAUUGUAAAUCCGAUCAUGUCAAUAUUCAGACCAGGUCCAAAAGACGAAAAACGACCGAUCUUUAAUUGGGCACAUUGGUCCGUGGGUAUGCUUGCCCACAUCUUAUCUGUGAUAGCUAUAUGUUUUGGAUUGGAGAUGAAGAAAUCGACUGCCCCAUCUUACUCCGUGUGGGUAGUGGUAGGAUAUGUGAUAUACCAUGUUAUCAUGGAAAUUGUACUGAAAUCGUUUGAUCUCUACCUGGACAAAUCAGACACAGGUCGAAUUGAUGCUCUGGGAAUGACCAACACCGGAGCUACGGCACAAAAUGGUAACCAUGGGAACCACUUUAAAGCGCCACCUCCUGCUUACACUGAAAGGGACACGAUUAAAAACCCAAAGGACAGCACAGUAAAGAAGUUACUCUUGGUUUUCCAUAUGGGUAUUGCGACAGCUUUUACCAUUACCCUGAUACUUGUGGUGGCUAUCUACGACUGACCCGCCAUGUGGUCUUCUGCAACAGCCUAAUUAAUUCCGCACAUGGUCGCAAAGGGUCAAGGUCACAUUAAAAAAUUUAUCGUGGGGGGACGAAUUCCAUGCGAUACGAUAUAUAUUGCAACCGUUUGUUACAGAAAUAAUAAAAGAAAAUACUUAAAAUAAUCUACCAAAAAUCACCAGCAGAAUUCAUUAAUUUAAAGUUGUUGUAUUGUAUAAAACUGGAAAUGACAGGUAUUUUGAUUUGCUCAGAUCAAGAGCUAAUACUGUCAACCAUGUUCGAGAGACCAGACCGCCUCUUUCAAGAGACCACCUGUGUUAAUAGACCGCUUCCUCAUAAGUCCCCAUUGCAUUUUUGUUUAGGUUAACUGGACCUGUAAUAUGAGACCCCCUGCAUUGAGAGACCAAAUACUUAGGUGGCGUAUCAUUAAGUGGGAUACCCCGGUUGUCACCUUACAACCAUUAAUCAAUUUACACCGAUGUUUUAUACUGAAUUCAACAUAAUACCCUGAAAACCAAAGUUGUGUCGGAAUGGCACCGGCCUUAAUAUAAAUGGAAUGAUUCGAACCAUUGUAAUGCUUGAUGACGUUGCUAUUGUCAUACUAUACAGUAAAAUGUCAGAAAUAGACCCAACAGUUUGUGAUAUAGGCUAUUUUAGUUUGUAACACAUAAGGAUUUAAAUAAAUGACUGAUAGGGCGGCAGACGUCGUUAUUCAGGCCGGGAUGUCUCUUUUUUUAAGAACUUGCCAGUAGACCAGCUAUUGUUAUAUGUGAUGUUGAUAAUAUUCUAUCAGUGCUUUUAUAGUGAGUAUUGUUUCUUAUAUCGUGAUCUUAACGCAUUUCGGUUUAUUAUUGUGUCCUUGACAGUAAGAAUGUGUGUUUUUCAUGCUUUUAGACGUGUGCCGUUUGCUUAAUGUCAUGAAACUUUCGCUGCGUACUAUUAUUUUCGGGAUUUCCGUGUUAAAAGUGAAUAUGUAAAAAUCAGUAUAGUGGAUAAAUGGGGGAUUUAAAGAGUAUCCUGCUAUUCAAUAUGCCUUAAUUGCAGUGUGUGAUGACUGCAAACAUGUGAUGCAUGCGAUUCUUAUACGCUGCCUUAAAAUUUGUUGACAUGUAAUAUAAAUACUUUAUCCUAUUGUGUAAAUUGAUAGAGCCUUGAGUUUUUUUACCUGUUAUCUGCAGUUUAGCCAUUUUGCAAUUUCAGGACAUUGAGUAUGCGACAUAUAUUUGUUUAAGACAUAUGACGUAUAUUAUUUACAACGUGUGACGUAAUGUUUUAUGACUUGUGACACAGAUUAUUUAAGACGUGUGUCUUUAAAUAUUUUUAAUUGGUAAUCAUGAUGUGAUACGCAAUUUAGUUACAAGUUAAACAUACCUAAUUUCAGAUAUGUAAUGAAGAUAAGUUUUAUCAUGAAUUGCUAAUAAUUCUAGUAAUGUAAUGGACGUGACAGGUCUUCAAUGCAUAUAUUCCUCCUUCAAUAACACCGACAAGUGUUCAUUAUUGAGGGAAAACAAACGUUUCAGGUAUGGGUCAGCUUUAAGCAAAUCCACUUAGCCUUUGUAAGAUAACGUAAUUUAUUUUCGCGUGGAUUAAAUUUCUGCGUUAACUGGCGAGGUGGCUGAUUUGCAAAUUCAAAUCUGACGCGAAAUUGAUUCUGUUUGUAAUAACGACCAGUAUUGAAGUACCAUAAUCUAUCGGUAUAAACGUGUUCCUGAUUGAAACCCUAGGCAGAGUUAACGAAAUAAAGUGCACGCGAAAAUAAAGUGAUGUGUCGUACUAUAAUUACAGUACGUUAAGUAAGUCAAAUCACCCUGUCUGAAUUUUAGAAAGGUGUUGUAUUUUGCAACUAUCUUUCCAGACAAGAUAAUGAAUACACAUUAACGAAAAGAUGAAAAUCCCUUUAAAAUAUCACCCAGUUUGCUUGGCAUUUGCAGCAUAGAAUUCCAAAACAAACUUACCAAAUUAUAAAUAUGCAUUUAUUUUUUGUUGUGAAAAUAUUGAUAUGACACAAAGAUAUCGAUUUAUGAAGGAGCGAUUUUAAAUGAACCGUCCUCCACUGACUAUUUAAGUUAGUAAACUAAAUGGGUAGGGCUUCAGGAGGAUAUUAUUCUUGUCCUCCAUUGAUGAUGAAACUAAUUACCGUUUGUUAGAAUUAGAAAUCAUAGAAGUUUGGACAAGGCUUCUAUUGUCGUCAAAAUACUGACAUACACUGGUUGUUAAGAUGUAUUUUUGUAAUUUUGAUUGAUGUAUAUAUAUAUUGUAUACAGUGUGACUACCCCAUCCUGUAAAUAAGCUUGAUUAAAAUAACAUGAUAUACGA